AGGGGAAGGAAGAUGGCGGCGAUUAAUGGGAUAGGACUGUUGCUGCGCUUUUAAAACGACAAAAAGCAACUGAUGCUUCGUUUAAAUGAUUGGGUUUGGAAUUUAAAACAUAUAAACAAGUAAAUGCAGGCCCGAGGGUGUGAUCUCGGACCGAGGAUUGCCGCGCUGAAGAUUGGUCCCUGGUCUUCUUCCUGUGUGGCCCCCCAACCUCCUCUGCCCCAGCACGGUUCCUAGCUCAUGGACUUGACGACAGCAUCAGGCUUCAAACGGAGGCCGGCCGCCUCCUCUUCCCCCAGUGGAUUUGACGAGCCCGCCAGGAGCCCGCCUCAGCGCUCCCCCUGUCUGUCCUCCUCGUCCUCGGCUCCGUCUUCUCCCCGCUCCACGUCCUCCUCUCUCUGCAACUCCGCCGCUCACCAAAACCAUGUAACAGGCCGGAGGGAGGUGGCCCAGGUGUCCUCCACUUCUGCUUCCGUAGCAACACAGUCUCUCACCUCACCCGCAUCCCAUAACCCCUACUUGGACGUCUACCCUCACGCCUCCAUGCAGUCCAGUGGUGAUUGUGACGAAGAUGACAGGAUGAGGGAGAUGUACGAUCCAUUCAGUCCCACUGACGGAGACAGGGACCGCAGGGUUGGCGGGGAGGACGAGGACGGGGAGAAAUAUGAUCCUUUUGAUCCGACCGGUUCCCCGGCGUCGGACGUGGACGAAGGGACCGACAAAGGGAGUCCGGGGAAGAGAAACGCAGAGGUGGACGAUGACGAAGAGAAAGAAGAAGAGCCUCCCGAUUCAACGGAGCUGCUGACCAGUCUGCCGGUGAAACUCCCUCUCAGGAGGAGAGUGGAGGGCAGCAAAGCUGAGAGGAUGGACUCUGACAACUCUGAGAUCGAGGAGGGGGAGAUCGUGGGAGCUGCCGACAGAGACGGGGGCAGUAAGAGACCUCCUCCCGAGGAGGUCCAGCCCCUCGGCUCUCCCAACAUCUCCUUCUUCAGCUCCAAGCCGGAGCGGAUCCUGCGGGUGCUGGACGGGGACGGCUUCGUGUCCGUGUGCACGGAGGGAACCUGGGAGGACGACAGGGAGCUGGAGGACGAACCGGUGGUCGGGGUGGAGGAUCUGAGGCGGAAGCUGGUCAGCAAAAGGAAGGAGAAAUACCUCUCUUUUCCUCCUCCUUCCUCCCUGUCUCCUCAGCCACAGCUCCGGCCCUCCCUUCUGCAAGCCUCCCCCUCGUCCUCCCCUCGUACCCCUCCGGCAGAGCCCGCCGGCAAGAACCACUUGUGCUCCGUGGACCGCGAUGGACAGAAAAGCAAGGAAGGGAAGGCCGGGGAGAAGGAGGCGAGGAGAAAAAAGAGGAGAAAGGGCAAAGAGGGGGAUCAAGAGAGGAGCAAAGACAAGGAGCGAGGACACAAAGCUGGGAAGGAGGUCAAGGCCAGACGGAGCAGCAGGAGCAGCAGUCGGAAGAGGAAGAAGAAGCUGCACAGCAGCCCCGAGGCCUCGCAGAGCGGCCCCUCGGCCAGGAAAGGAGGGCACUCUCGGCGCUCGUUCUCCAGCCUGUCAGAGGACCGACACAGAGACCGGGACCGGGACAGGGACAGGGACAGGGAGAGAGGCAGGGACCGGGAUAAAGGCCGGGACAGCGAACGAGAGCCCAAACACAGCAGCAGUCACAGAAGAGAGGAGAGGGGGAGAGACUCCAGCUCCAGGAAGAGGGAGAGGGAGCGGGAGAGGGAGAGGGAGGGCAAGGGCAAGCAGAGCUCCAGCAGCAGGGAGGGCGGCACCUCCAAGAGGUCCAAGAGGAGCCGGGAGAAGAGGGACGGCACCAGGGAGCGGCACGGCGCCAGGGAGCGCCGGCGGGACGGGCGUCCCGUCGUGCCCCCGUCCAUCCAGGACCUGAACGGCUCGGACCUCUUCGCCAUCAAGCGCACCAUCACGGUCACGACCACCACCACCACCACCACCGUCCCCGGCUCCCCCAGACACAACCCCUCCUCGCCCUGCCGCACCGCCCAGCUCAGCGACGACGCCCACAAGAGGAAGAAGAGAAAAUGGCGUUCGAUCGGAGACGCGGAGGACCGGGCCAGCUGCCCCAGCCGCUCGCAGUCGCCCUCGCCGCCCCGGUACCACGGCUACGGCUCGGACCGCUACUCCGACAAGCUGGACCUGGACAUGCUGUCUCUGGACGGGGAAGCCCUGGACUCGGACUACCCCUCUCUGGAAGACACGCCCCCUAAAGCUCUGGCUCCGGAACCGACGGCCGGCAGCCCCAAAGCCAAGACCAGCCCCAAGACGGGGAAACCCCACUCCAAGAAGAAGUCCCGCACGCUCAAGAAGUCCGAGUCCUCCUCCGGCCGGACGCCCAGCAAGUGCCUGUCCUCGCUGACCGUCAGCUCCGGCUCCGCCUGCGUCUCCCCCGGUCUGCCGUCGGGGAAGCGGGCCCGGAAGGUGGGCAAGGACAAGGACCGGGACAAGGGCGGCAGGAAGGACCCGGGCCGCUCCGGAAAGUCCAAGAAGGACGGCGGCGGCGGCGGGCGGAAGGGCAAGCUCCAGUCCAAGGUGUCGGUGCUGGUGCGUGACGGCGUGAGCAGCACCACCGGAGCCGCCGUGGGCUCGGGGAAACUGGGCAUGGACCUCCUGGGCCCGGGGGGUUCCGGAGGGGGCGGCGGGGGCCCGGUGGUGGGCGGCUCCAUCGCCGUGGUCUUCUGCAGAGACAACGAGAGCAGGUCCCCCUUCCUGAAGCCCUGCUCGGAGCCGCUGUCGCUGGGCGGCGUGGGCAAGCGCAGCGGCCUGGCCGCCCCCCAGCCGGCCCUGGCCGCCCCCCCCACACACAAGUCCAAGAAAACCAAACCCAGCUCCAUCACCUCCACCUCCUCCUCCGCCUCCUCCCCCACGUCGUCCCUGGCCACCAAGCGCCGCCGCCGCCUGGCCAAGAAGACGAAGGAGAAGGGCGGGCCCGCCGGAUUGACGGCGGGAGACGGCAGCCAAUCACAGGCCACGCCCGAAAUUUGGGGCGGGGACUCCUUCAGCGUCCCGGGCGCUGCCGGGGAGGGAAACAAGUCCGGGAGUCCCCACACCGGCCAGGCUGGUCCUGCCCCCUCCUCCUCCUCCUCCAGCUCCUCCUCCACCAGCGUGCCUCCCCCCUCCUCCUCCCCCCCUCACACGCCUCCACCCCCCAACCCGCCCUUCCGGGACACCCGGGACUCCUCGCCGGACUCCCAGACGGUGGACAGCAGCUGUAAGACCCCGGACCCGUCCUUCCUAGCAGAGGAGGGUCCGGCCCCGAGCAGCCCCACCCCCCCGGGCUCCAGCCCCUCCAGCCUCUCCACCCCGCAGGGAGCGGGCGUGGGCAACGCCUCGUCUACGCCCACCGCCAAGCACCCGUCUCCGGACGACGCCCCCAAGUCGGCGGCCUCGCCUCCGUCUCCGUCCUCGUCGGCUGGCUGCGGCCUCGCCUCCCUGUCUCUCCCUCUGUCUCUGUCUGACCCCUCCUCCUCCUCUGUGUCCUCUUCAUCCGUUAGCAAGCCCCUCCCUCCCCCUCCUCCCCCCCCAGCUGUGUCCGCCCUCCCCUGGAGUCUGCAGACCGGAGUGGACUGCACUACUGGAGGUGUUCUCGCUCUGACGGCUCUGCUUUUCAAAAUGGAGGAGGCCAACAUCGCCAGCAGAGCCAAGGCCCAGGAGUUCAUCCAGGCAACGAGCCAGAUCCUGUCCCAGGCCAACCAGAGCCAGUCCCAGCAGCACGGCCCUCCCUCCUCCUCCUCCUCUUCCUCACAGAUCCCUCCCCCUCCCUCUCUGCCUCCACCCCCCGGCCUCAGCCCCGCCCAGUUCAUCCUGCACAGCUCUCUCCCGAUGGUGGGCUGCACAAAGACUCCCCCGUCACACCUGCACCCCUCCCUGGGCUGUGCCCAGACCCCGCCUCACGCCGGCCCGCUGUCCGGGAGCUCCGGGGACUUUGGAUGGGACAACGACAACAAGGACUCCGACAAAUAUCUGAAGAAGCUGCACACGCAGGAGCGAGCGGUGGAGGAAGUGAAGCUCGCCAUCAAACCCUACUAUCAGCGGAAGGACAUCAACAAGGACGAGUACAAAGACAUCCUCAGGAAAGCCGUUCACAAGAUCUGCCACAGCCGCACCGGAGAGAUCAACCCCGUCAAGGUCAGCAACCUGGUCAAGCUCUACGUUCAACGCUACAAGUACUUCCGGAAGCACGGCCGCAAAAUGGAUGAAGAGGAGCCGGGACCGCUGUACUCCUAAACCUGAGGGGACUUUUUCCUACCCCCCCGCCCCCCUGCGGCCCGACGGGGCUCCACACCCCGGCCCUCCUCUGAAACAGGAAGUGUUCCACGGAAACAAGCGUCCACUUGGUCUGUAGGUGUUGCCAGUGAGAAGUGUUUCCUCUGUCUGUAAACUGUAAAUACAUCUCUCCUAGAAACCUAGUCGUGAGUCCAGCGUUGAGAGUGGAGCAGACGUCAGUCCCACAUACAACCCCUGCAAUAAACACCACCGUUGUGGAGUUUUAGUUUUUAGUUUUUGUUGAUCAUGUCCUCUAAAUGUCUCACAACGGUGGUGCUAACCCCGGCCUCAAACGCAUUGGUCUGGACGCGUUUGCGGGUUCCACUCCUCCUACGUCAGCUCUCAGCUGACGGGACAUCUGACUCCAAAUCAAGCACACAGAAAUGUGCAGGACAAUGCUGAAGGACAACACACACUACCAGGUCUGGAGCUGGAGCUGUCGGACCGGGACAUCUGAAUCACGGUUCAACUACAUUUUAUCCUCUUGGGUUUUCUUAUUCUGUCUGUGUAUUCUGUGCAUGUGUCUCUGAGGAUGGGAAAGUUACCAGAUCUCUUUAUAAAUGAACCUCAAAAUAUAAAUGUUGCUUGAAAGUCACUGGAGACAACGGUGCUCUUCUUUUAUUGAGUCUGGUCUCUGUUUCAUUGCAUGUUUUUGAUGACGUACCUUCCUGACACUGAGCAGCAAAGGAGAACCGAGGGACGCAAGACCUGAUUUUGGCUUUUUUUAGUUAAU